AUGAUUUCAAUCACAACUGCCUCGACUUAUGCGAAUAAGGAUGUCUUGCGGACUCGCUUUGCUGCUGCAAUGUCAAGCAUGUACCGCAGUGAGGUCCCACUUUACGGUGAUCUAAUCGAGAUCGUGCGCAACACCAAUAAGAGCGUGCUGAAUGACGUUAACGCAAAAGCCCAACCCAGCGAUUCUAGAGGCAUAAAUGUCACUAUCGAGCGCCUAAGUCAAGAACGACAUGGUGCAAUCCGCCUCGGCACCCCUUAUGAGCUCCGAAUAAUCAAGCGUGUAUUCGAACUCUUGGGUAUGUACCCGAUCGGAUACUAUGAUCUCUCAAUCGCGGGACUGCCGAUGCAUGCAACCUGUUUUCGCCCAUUGGAGAUCUCAAGCCUCGACUCCAACCCCUUUCGUGUGUUCACUACUUUACUGCGACCUGAACUACUCGUCUCGGAAAAUGCCCGCCGGAUCUCAUUGGACUUGCUCGAUAAACGUAAUAUUUUCAGCAAUGUCUUGUUGAAGAUCCUCGAUGAGGCAGAAGUGAAGGGUGGAAGACUCAAUGAAGAUAAAACGGAGAUAUUUAUUCAAGAGGCAUUGUCCGCUUUUAGCUGGCAGCCUAUCGCUGCGGCUACCUUUGAUCAGUAUGAGAUCCUGAAGGCCGAACAUCCAAUUCUAGCCGAUAUUGCAUGCUUCAAAAGCGCACACAUCAACCAUCUCACUCCCCGAACACUGGACAUUUCAGCAGUUGAUUUGGCCAUGAAAAGGGCCGGAAUGGCAGCUAAAGAUACCGUGGAAGGCCCACCAGCUCGUGAAUGCCCAAUACUUUUGCGUCAAACCAGCUUCCUUGCUCUGGAAGAGGCUGUUCGAUUUAGGUGGAAUGAGAACCAGAGCAUAGAUGGGGAUGUGUCACGAGGCGCAUUGAUUGAGGCUAGUCACAGGGCGCGUUUUGGAGAGAUCGAGGAACGGGGCGCCGCAGUCACUCAGAAGGGCCGGGAACUGUAUGACAGGCUUCUUCGAGAAUCCCAAAAGCAGAGAGCGGGCACCACAGCCUUGAAAGCCGCCGAAAUCACCACCAAAGUGUUUAAUGAGUUCCCCGACACCUGGAGGGAGCUUAGGCUACAGAAUCUGAUAUACUGCGAGUUCAAACUGAAGAAAGCUGCCACGAUGUUGUCGCUGGAUUCGAAGAAUGGUCCUAUUCUCGAACAGUUGAUUUCCAUGAAUGUCGUGGAAGCUGUGCCUAUCACAUAUGAGGACUUCCUACCCUUCUCUGCAGCUGGAAUCUUCCAGUCAAAUUUACAGAGCAGCAAUUCAUCUCAAUGUGCAUUGAAAUUGCCACUAGGCGUGAGUCAAUCGGGGGCAGACUUGAAGGGCUUGGAGGAAGCCAUGAAUACGAGUAUUUCGGACCUCGAUGCAUGGUACUCUGCCGUGCAAAUGAAAAGUCUUAAGGAUGUUGGGAAAAGCCUUGGUUUUACUUUGGAGGAGCUUAUGCCAAGCUACGUUUAG